AUGGGCAGGUCUCCACAGAGGUCCAGGAUCUUCGUGCUGAGGAAGCUGCUUUUCUUCAGGGGCUGGUCAGCAGCUACCCAGAUCAGAGACUUCUUGUCAAACUUCACUGGCAUUAUUUCAUCUUCCUGACAGGGGGCGAAAUACACCUCAUCAGGCCAUUAUUAGUUCAGUAUGUCCUCAGGCUUAUCAAUCACCAUUAUGGUUCAUUUCAAAACAAUAUAAUUCAAUUUAAAAAUGAAUGUAAACAAAUUAAUUAGUUUCUGUAAAGCCCAAUUGACUAAUGGAUUAUUGAAAUAUCCUUGAGUAUUAUAAAUGAAAAUUAAUAUCUAGAACAGAAGGGGGGGGGGGGGGGGCUCUAUACUUUUGCAUAAAGUUAGCAAUAUGUUCAGUUAUAACAUUAUGUUUUAGUUAUGUUUAGUAAAGCUCACGGUACCAGGUCAAACAUCAAUGACUCCUUGUUGAGCGUCUCCACCUCUGGAAUGUUGGCUUUGAUUUGAGAUUUAAUAUAACACACAACCGGAUUCCAGUAAUUCCCUGAAUCAGGAGUCACGGAGAUGGGAUAUUUACACUCACAACUUUGCUACUUUCCUAAACACACGCCAACUCUCCGUUGAACUACUCCAAAAAGAAAUUAAGAACAACUCACCAUAUGAAAGUCUUGAACCUUCAACGCCUCGUCAUUUCCACUCCCAGUUCGGAACCUUUCCAGAUUAUUAUCGGAAUCGAUUUCCAUGGAAACCCUCUUCCACCAUUCCAUUGAUGCUCAUACUGUAAUGUACAUUGUACACCUAAUGAGAUGUAAAAAUUGAAAGUUACAGAGAUAUUCAAGGUUAUGCGUAAUACAUACAGUAAACAAUCAAAAUAACAUAUCUAACUUGCCAGCUAUGAACUACACGUGGUCAAAAACCUUAUUUGUAGAACCCAAAAUGUACAAUUACAAUAGCUGGAGAUAUGGCAGGAGGCUUUCUAACAAUAAUCUUCACUGCAAGGUCCUUCCAUGACACAAUACUUCAAACUGCCUCCCUCCUUGUGUUCUACUGUGCAGCACUUAAAAUACCGUGUGAUGUGUAGUCCAAGCACACAGCUGAUUUGAAUAGAACGUCUCAGAGGGAGGACAUGGAUCUACCCUGAGAUGCCCUACAGGUGAUCCCAUUAUAACAUAAAUAAAUAUUCAAGUAUCUCUAAUGAGACAGUCUCCACCACCCAGGCCUGAGUUACAUGCCCAAAAUAUUCACAUCAAAGCUAUUUGAUUCUAAUGUGAAAUUGAAUAUGUUGGUAUAGAAAUUAUUUAACAGAUGUUUAAAAAAGAUUUUCGACCAGCAAAAUCCAAAUGUAAUUUCCAAUGCCCACCACACCAUCCACUGCCAGGCUAUAUUAGAUGUUUUAUGAUGAAUGGUAGACAUUAUGCAGAGAUUUGUUAACUAAGAUAUCAUAUUUUUCCAUUUUCUGUAGGCCUACUGUGUUUGACACUGAAAAAGGUGCAGCGACUGCAGCAUACCACUCGGACCCUGGGUUACAGGUAGACCAUCGAAAUUCUCCCACCUGACGUCGAGGUAGAUUUACCUGUCUCAUCUGCAUUUUAAACUGUCAAUUACAUCAUAAAAUGACCCAUAUUGAGGUAUAUGCAGGAUAAAUUAAGUCUUACAUUUUUGUCACUGACUUUCCAAAGGUAGAAAGCUCCAAUGGAUCCGCAAAGCAUCUACAGUGGCUUGCGAAAGUAUUCACCCCAUUGGCAUUUUUCUUAUUUUAUUGCCUUACAACCUGGAAUGAAAAUUUAUUUUUGUACCAUUUGAUUUACACAACAUGCCUACCACUUUGAAGAUGCAAAAUACUAUUUUUUUUGUGAAACAAACAACAAAUAAGACAAGAAAAACAGGAAACUUGAGCAUGCAUAACUAUUCACCCCCCCAAAUUCAAUACUUUGUAGCGCCACCUUUUGCAGCAAUUACAGCUGCAAGGCUCUUGGGGUAUGUCUCUAUAAGCUUGGCACAUCUAGCCACUGGGAUUUUUGCCCAUUCUUCAAGGCAAAACUGCUCCAGCUCCUUCAAGUUGGAUGGGUUCUGCUGGUGUACAACAAUCUUUAAGUCAUACCACAGAUUCUCAAUUGGAUUGAGGCCUGGGCUUUGACUAAGCCAUUCCAAGACAUUUAAAUGUUUCCCCUUAAACCACUCAAGUGUUGCUUUAGCAGUAUGCUUAGGGUCAUUGUCCUGCUGGAAGGUGAACCUCCGUCCCAGUCUCAAAUCUCUGGAAGACUGAAACAGGUUUCCCUCAAGAAUUUCCCUGUAUUUAACGCCAUCCAUCAUCCCUUAAAUUCUGACCAGUUUCCCAGUCCCUGCCGAUGAAAAACAUCCCCACAGCAUGAUGCUGCCACUACCAUGCUUCACUGUGGGGAUGGUGUUCUCAGGGUGAUGAGAGGUGUUGGGUUUACGCCAGACAUAGCGUUUUCCUUGAUGGCCAUAAAGCUCAAUUUUAGUCUCAUCUGACCAGAGUACCUUCUUCCAUAUGUUUGGGGAGUCUCCCACAUGCCUUUUGGUGAACACCAAAUGUGUUUGCUUAUUUUAUUCUUCAAGCAAUGGCUUUUUUCUGGCCACUCUUCCGUAAAGCCCAGCUCUGUGGAGUGUACGGCUUAAAGUGGUCCUAUGGACAGAUACUCCAAUCUCUGCUGUGGAGCUUUGCAGCUCCUUCAGGGUUAUCUUUGGUCUCUUUGUUGCCUCUCUGAUUAAUGCCCUCCUUGCCUGGUCUGUGAGUUUUGGUGGGCGGCCCUCUCUUGGCAGGUUUGUUGUGGUGCCAUAUUCUUUCCAUUUUUUUAUAAUGGAUUUAAUGGUGCUCUGUGGAAUGUUCAAAGUUUCUGUUAUUUUUUUAUAAUCCAACCCUGAUCUGUACUUCUACACAACUUUGUCCCUGACCUGUUUGGAGAGCUCCUUGGUCUUCAUGGUGCCGUUUGCUUGGUGGUGCCCCUUGCUUAGUGGUGUUGCAGACUCUGGGGCCUUUCAGAACAGGUGUAUAUAUACUGAGCUCACAUGACAGGUCAUGUGACACUUAGAUUGCACACAGGUGGACUAUUUAACUAAUUAUGUGACUUCUGAAGGUAAUUGGUUGCACCAGAUCUUAUUUAGGGGCUUCAUAGCAAAAGGGGUGAAUACAUAUGCACGCACCAAUUUUCCGUUAUUUUUUUAUUUUUAUUUUUUAAACAUGUUAUUUUUUUUAUUUCACUUCACCAAUUUGGACUAUUUUGUGUAUCUCCAUUACAUGAAACCCAAAUAGAAAUCCAUUUAAAUUACAGGUUGUAAUGCAACAAAAUAGGAAAAACACCAAGGUGGAUGAAUACUUUUGCAAGGCACUGUACACUGCCCCCCGGCGACGAGAGCCGCAACCCAAAAUCUCAAGAGACGACCAACAGCAGCGGCGGACUUCGCAGCCGACGAACUGUAUGCCUUUACAAAGGUCAGAAUGCUAAGUGAGCAUCAAUGCACACACUCAACAUCAAAGCAAAGCCCCACGAGCAAACCAUAUUUCCUUUGCAAUUCCGACUUUGCAAACUCCAAAUAAUUUAUUAGACUACAGCGCCGAGGAAUUAUUAAAUGUAGGCUACUUACAGCAUUGUUCAAAAUCCUCUGCAACUGGGACUUUUUCCGAAGUCUCGCCCAUGAUGCCGUCUGUAUAUUGGCCACCGGUGUUGAUAAUGUUGGUGGAAAUAACCACAGGUCCAGUUUGGAAACAUUCAGUGUGAAUGACGUGCCACUGACCGAGAGCAAAGAGAAAUGAAGGUGGUUGACAAAACAGUGCUUUGGCAGCAAAACCGAAUUGCAGUGAAUGUAUAUCAGGUCUUCACAACAUGGUGGUGUUCUUUGAUGGUUUGGUUUACAGUCCACGUGGUUCAUCAAGUUGAAUAAUGAGGUUAACACAUGUACAAUAGCCAGGCUAUAUGCUAUUAGGCUACACUACUUUUAGCAUCACUUUUCACAGCUGUUUUGGCACAGGGUUGGAAUGUCAGUUGUUAAUUGUCUGCACUAAUGAGAUAAACUUGGAUGGUACUGUUACGGGUGUUCAUGGAAUGGAUCCACAAGAAGUUCAGCUAAGUCAUCACCGGUAGGCUAAAGUUUCCCACAGCUUCGGCCAAGAGGUCUGCAACUUUAUGGCACAGGAGGUAAUAAUCUUGCUUUGUAAGAAGCUGGUUCAAGCUACCCUAGCUGGCCCCUGAUCAUUACAUUGUAGUGACAUUGGGGCUACCCUGACCCUGUCAGAGGUUGGUUUUUAAUUUGGCCUUCAAAUCAGACAUGGCUUAUUAUAGUUCAGAAGAAUGUGUCAGUCUCCACAACCUUAUAUUGGAAGUUCAUGUGAUGAAAUGUCUAGCCAGUCCCUAUGUCCAACCUGCUCCCUCAGAGGUGAUAACUAUAGAGCCAACCUGCUCCCUCAGAGGUGAUAACUAUAGAGCCAACCUGCUCCCUCAGAGGUGAUAACUAUAGAGCCAACCUGCUCCUCAGAGGUGAUAACUAUAGAGCCAACCUGCUCCUCAGAGGUGAUAACUAUAGAGCCAACCUGCUCCUCAGAGGUGAUAACUAUAGAGCCAACCUACUCCCUCAGAGGUGAUAACUAUAGAGCCAACCUGCUCCCCAGAGGUGAUAACUAUAGAGCCAACCUGCUCCCUCAGAGGUGAUAACUAUGGAGCCAACCUGCUCCCCAGAGGUGAUAACUAUAGAGCCAACCUGCUCCCCAGAGGUGAUAACUAUAGAGCCAACCUGCUCCUCAGAGGUGAUAACUAUAGAGCCAACCUGCUCCCCAGAGGUGAUAACUAUAGAGCCAACCUACUCCCUCAGAGGUGAUAACUAUAGAGCCAACCUGCUCCCCAGAGGUGAUAACUAUAGAGCCAACCUACUCCCUCAGAGGUGAUAACUAUAGAGCCAACCUGCUCCUCAGAGGUGAUAACUAUAGAGCCAACCUGCUCCCCAGAGGUGAUAACUAUAGAGCCAACCUGCUCCUCAGAGGUGAUAACUAUAGAGCCAACCUGCUCCCCAAAGGUGAUAACUAUAGAGCCAACCUGCUCCUCAGAGGUGAUAACUAUAGAGCCAACCUGCUCCUCAGAGGUGAUAACUAUAGAGCCAACCUGCUCCCUCAGAGGUGAUAACUAUAGAGCCAACCUGCUCCUCAGAGGUGAUAACUAUGGAGCCAACCUGCUCCUCAGAGGUGAUAACUAUAGAGCCAACCUGCUCCCCAGAGGUGAUAACUAUAGAGCCAACCUGCUAUGAAUGGUAAAUAAUGUAUUGUAUCAUUUUGGAAUCACUUUUACUUUAAAUAAGAAUAGAAUAUGUUUCUAAACACUUCUACAUUCAUGUGGAUGCUACCAUGAUUAGGGAUAGUCCUGAAUGAAUGGUGAAUAAUUAUGUAAUGGUGAGAUGUUAGCAUGUCUUGGUGGCAUGAUGUUUGUGCGUCUGUAACUCCAAAAUGAUACAAUACAUUAUUUACCAUUCAUUUCUAUUGGGCACAAAAUAAUCUGAAACAUAACCAAAAGAAACAGCAAAUGCAUUCAACAAGUGUGGAAAGUCACAAUAUUGAUGUAAUCAUUGUGUGCUAGGAAUAUGGGACCAAAUGCCAAACUGUUGACUACUUUAAUACACAUAUAAGUGAAUUUGUCCAAAUACUUUUGGCCCCAUAAAAUGAGGGGACUAUGUACAAAAAGUGCUGUAAUUUCUAAACAGUUUAUCCGAUACUGAUAAAAAUGCCCUCAAAAUAAAGCUGACAGUCUGCACGUUAACCUCAUAGUCAUUGUAUCAUUCCAAAUCCAAAGUGAUGGACUACAGAACCAAAACAACAAAACAUAUGUCACUGUCCCAAUACUUUUGGAACUUUAUAUUUACAUCAUUUUUUUAUUUUUUUAUUUCACCUUUAUUUAACCAGGUAAACCAGUUGAGAACAAGUUCUCAUUUACAACUGCGACCUGGCCAAGAUAAAGCAAAGCAGUGCGAUAAAAACAACAACACAGAGUUACAUAUGGGGUAAAACAAAGUCAAAAAAUACAACAGAAAUACAUAUAUAGAUAUAUACAAAAUAGACAAAAAAAACAAGAAACGGGAUAUUUACACAGGACGAUGAAACAAAAGCGACCGCACUGCUACGCCAUCUUGUAAGCAGACACUCUUAUCCAGAGCGACUUACAGUUAGUGAGUGCAUACAUUUUAAAUACUGGCCCCCCGUGGGAAUCGAACCCACAACCCUGGCGUUGCAAACGCCAUGCUCUACCAACUGAGCUACAUCCCUGCCGGCCAUUCCCUCCCCUACCCUGGGCCAAUUGUGCGCCGCCCCAUGGGUCUCCCGGUCGCGGCCGGCUACGACAGGACAAACUUUUUUGUUUAGCAAAUAUACUUUUUGAAUUACUUUUAUAACUCUGCACUGUGCAGAAAAGGCUCCUAACUAAGCAUUUCACUGUAAAGUCUACACUUGUUGUAUUCGACGUAUGUGACCAAUAACAUUUUUUUAUUUCAUUUGAUUCAUCAGUGUAGUUUGGCCUAGGUUUAUCACUGUUUCAGGGAAGAUCCUUUGCUAAGCAUACAGUAUGUAUUAGCCCUCAUGGUAACUGUAGGGAAGCACUGAGCUGGCUAAGUGAGAUUAUUCUGUGAGUUUUAUAAAUAAUGUCUGAUGAGAGUAGAAAACACAAUGCCUCUGAGGCUUAUUAGACAAGGUGCAACACCAUGCAGCAGGAAUGGAAUGUUGGUCAUUUAGCUUUUCAAUUUGCAAUCUCUGUUGAAAUCAUGCCAUAUCUAAUUUAGCCUCAUCUAAUUUGGAUGAGGUUAAGCUACAUAAUGUAACUAUAAUGUAACAUGGCAUUGCUAUCAGGCAUGAUAUAUACUGCACGAGCUAAUUUCUCACUCAAUGAAACAAAAUGAAUGUAUGGAAGCACACUGUAGAUUUAAGCGGUCUUUUUUUUUUUACAUACAGAACAAUCGUUUGGUUUCAAAUAUUUAUUUGUGCAACGUAGUGACAAAUUUUACUACAAACAUGUUCAUAUUUGAUACUGAUUGUUUCCCACCUGACAAGGGUCCUUUCAGCCUAAAGGUCCAAUGGUCAUGCCCUUAAAUAUUAAAAGUUCAAACAUGCUCUUCCAAAUUCAGAAUACAAUUGUAGUUUACAUUUAAUCAUUAUGAAAAAUAUAUUCUUAAUGUACAAAAUCUUGCGUAUGACACAUUAUACAUUAUACAAUUAACAGUAUACAUUAUAAGGGGACAAUCACACAAAACACUUACCAUAACACUAACAUUGAAACAAUAGGAUAUACAGUAUAUAAAGAUGCAUAUUACUCAUUAGAUGAGCUUUGAUUAUUGUCCAUUUCAUUUAAGAGUGUCCAUACUCCGGGAGGGAUAUCUCACCAGUCUCUAGUAUCCUGGCUGGUGUUGGUGGACAAACCAGAAUAUAAUCAAAUUCUUGGUGCUGGACUUUUUCAUAGACGCUUUGCAGACCGUUGGUCUUGGGUAGGUGAGCCUGUUGGUAGUAUGUGUCUCUUUGCAGAGUGUUCCGUGGCAGCGAGGCUGUCUUGGAGAAGGUUGAGAGGUGUGGUCCGUGGGACAGGCUGGUGUUGGCUCUGGAGGCUGAGGGGCUCCAGCAUCGGUCGGAGUGGCCCAGGAUCUUACACUCACUGGUGCAGGCCCAGAGACCUGUAGAAACAACACAACAGCAAAACCGUUAGCCCUUGGUGAACCGUGCUGCACACGUUGGGGUAUAAUAGAAUGGAUUUUAUGACACACCAAUAUCAUUUAAUAUCUGACCCUAAAGAGCUUGAGAACAUCACAGAGGAUGAUGCCUUUUAUGGAUUUGUUAAUAAUGUGUCAUCGUUGUGUCUGAAAUCACAUGAACAUCCUGUGAUUGAUUUGUAGUCCUUACUGUUUAUCGGUGGGGAGUUGUUUUUGUGUCCAUCUCCACUGAUGUCAGAGUCGCUGUCGUUAAAGUCACUGUCUCCUUUCCCACUGUCCUUCCCACUGAACUGAGGAUCUCUGGCUGAGAUGGUUGUGAAUGAGUUGCCCUUCCAUAUGGUUAUGGGUCGGAGGGUUCCUUUCCGAUAGCCGGGCAGUGUUGAAUAACCCUGUGAAGAGGCAAACACAAUACUCACACAGAGAAGUUGUGAUGGAAAAAAAACGACAACAAAACAGCCAAUCCAUACAGUGAGUCACAACGACUUACCUCUAAUUUACCCUCCAUUAUUCUGUUGUCAAAGUCACACUCUUGUUCUUGUCUGCCAUCACCAGGGGCUGUUUUUAUAGUGUUGCUGGAGGCCAACAGUGCUUUCUCAGGAAAAGGGUGCACAUCAAACGCAUUGCUUUUGUGGUUGGUGAUCGAUGAAUCAAUAUGGCUGCUAUCCCCCUUCUCCACAUGUGGCAUGUCUACUUUUUCACCUCCCGCCGCCUCUCUCUUUUCCCGUUUGCGUCGACUGCAGGUGGUAGUGAUCAGGAUGAUGCCUAGCAAGAGGAGGGAGCAGCUCCCUGCUAGGACAAUGAUAAUGGCUAUGGACAUGUCCCAUUCAAAGACCUCCUCGCUGUCGCUUUGCACCAUAGCGGGAACACUGGGAGGGGUGCCUUCGAUGAGAGCGAGGUGUAUAGUGGCCGUGGAGGUCAGAGAAGGCGUCCCAUUGUCAUUGACAGCCACUACGACUCUCAGUGUUUCAGACAGGUCAUAGUUCAGCUCACAACUCACAUGUAACUCCCCAGUAACCUUGUUGAUGGAGAAACCCAAGUGUCCCCCACCAGUGAUGCUGUAAGACAGCUGUGCGUUUAUGCCUUCGUCAGCGUCCGUGGCCUUUAACCGGGUUACAACAUAACCUGCAGGUGCAUGUUUGGGCAGGAAAACCUCGGCGGAUCCCUUAUUAAGGACAGGUUCCACGAUGGAGGGAGAGUUGUCAUUCUGAUCCAUUAUUUUUAGAUUAAUGAUGGCACUGCUCUGAAGCUGGGGCAAGCCCCCAUCACUUGCCUGGACGUGUACCUCCAGAUGUUUCAUGACUUCAUAGUUGAAGCUUCUCAGUGCAUAUAUUGAACCAGAGAUUGCAUUUAGAGAUACAAACGUGUUGACGGGUGAUCCCAUUAUAACACUGUCUAAAAGUCUGUAUGUAAUUUUGCCAUUAGUCCCCAAGUCUGCAUCUCUGGCCUCAACCGUGGUAAUAUAUGCCCCUGGUGCAUUAUUUUCUACGACAGAAACUUCAUAGACAGGUUUAGUAAAGUGUGGGGCGUUGUCAUUCUCGUCGCUUAGCCUGAUGGUGUAUUCUGUGAUUUUUCUCAAUGGAGGUGACCCGAAAUCUUCAGCCAUCACAGUUAAAUUGUACUCGCUUAUCUUCUCCCUGUCCAGGGCUGCUGCGGUGACAAUCAUGUAGCUGUCCUCAUAAGCCUGUUUAAGUUUGAAAUGGUCGUUCCCAUAUAAGGUGCAAUGGACCUGGCUGUUAACGCCCGAGUCCCCGUCCGAGGUGCUGAUCAGAGCCACUAGGCUGUCCUUUUCUGCUGUCUCGCUAAUACACGCGAUGCCUGUUGAGAUGGAGGUCAUUGGCGUAAUACUGAUUUCCGGGGCAUUGUCAUUAACGUCUUUGACAUUAAUUAUUAUUUUACAGAUGGCGGGGAUCGGGUUGGCUCCUAGAUCAGUCGCCUGCACGUCUAACUCAUAUGUUUUCUUGGUCUCAAAAUCCACUGGGUUCUUGAGCGUUAUGCGUCCGGAUUUACUGUACACUUCGAAAAGUUCUCGGAUCUCUGCAGAAACCUGUUUUCCGAAUCCAUAGACCACCUCUCCGUUUAAACCUUCAUCUGGAUCAACUGCAUUUAAGUCCAAUAAAACGAAUCCAACCGGUGCGUCCUCGGGCAAAGUGACCGAGAAAUUAUUCUGGUCAAAAACAGGACGGUUGUCAUUAAAGUCCGUCACCUGUAUUGUUAUUUUUGUUGAACCCGACCUAAAUGGGUUUCCUCCGUCGGUGGCAAUAAGCUCCACCACAUAAGAUGACUGAGUCUCCCUGUCUAACUCUUUCAUUAGCACCAACUCCGCAUACUUAACCCCAUCCGCUCUCAAAAGCACAUCAAUGGAAAAAUGACCGUUGUCAGAAAUUUGAUAGCUUUGGAUGUAGUUUGAUCCGACGUCUGCGUCCUCGGCUGGGUCCAAAGGAAUGCGGAACCCCACAUCAGCAUUUUCAGAGAUCUCCACUGUACAUUCCUUGUUUGGAAACUCUGGAGAGUUAUCAUUGAUGUCUUUUACCUCGACCUCGACAUGAAUCAAUUUGUACCUCUCUUUUGAAAAACUGACAACAUCAAAAGUGAUGAGACACUGUAAAGUGUGCCUGCAGAUUCUCUCUCUGUCAAUCCUUUCCCCGACAGUAAGCUCCCCGUCGCUUUCUCUCACCCUGAUAAAAUAAUUGUUGAAUUGUUUCAUCAUUCUAAAAUUAGUCUUGGAGCUAAAAGAGCGUCUCAGGGACAUGUCCAUGGCCAGGUUACCGAUCACUGUUCCUGGACUUCGCUCCUCGUUGGUCUGGUAUUUCAGAGUAUUUCCCUCAGUCUCAGCCAGGGAGACAAAUAACAUUUGUAGUAUUAUGAAUCCAAAAAUCGACCGAUGCCAACCUGUUAAAAUGCCACGCAUCAUUUUCAAAACCGCAGGUUAGUUGGUUAGUUCAGAACAAAGCCGUUUCACUUUCACUCAAUAGAUUAGAUCACUUCAACUGCUGAAAAUGCCUCCUCUAUACAGCAACAACAUCAGCUUCUCUGAACUGUGCUGAAGGUCAGGUGUUCAUUGCGCGCAGCCAGUCAAGCAGGCGCGCUUGUUGCCUCCCGCCUUCCUUCCACACAGCUUCACAUCCUGCGGUGGCCGGAGAGUUAUAACCCACAGCUUCCCAUGCUAAUGAGACCAAGUGUGACCAAUCCCCCGCUUUAG